AAGGAAUUUUGAAUGGUCAAUAUAAUUUGGAUCUAUAAAAAUGAAAUUUAAAUUAAAAAACUUUGGUUAUUUACUGAAAAAGAAUUCAUUCAAGAUUUUUAAAAGAUGCAAUUCAAAUAAAAAUCAACAAGCUGUUCCCAAUGAACAAAGCCUAAAGUUGCUAAAUGGAAUAAGAGUUUGUGAUAUGACUAGAGUUCUUGCAGGUCCAUAUUGUACAAUGAUUCUUGGAGAUAUGGGUGCCGAAGUGAUAAAGGUUGAAAGACCUGGUAUUGGAGAUGAUACUCGUCAUUUUGGACCACCUUAUGUUGGUGGAGAAAGUUGUUAUUACUUGGCUGUUAAUAGAAACAAAAAGAGUAUUGCUGUAGAUUUUCAUACAAAAGAAGGUGUUGAAAUUAUUCAAGAGUUAGCUAAAACUAGCGAUGUUUUUAUUGAAAACUACAUAUACGGAAAGUUAGAUGCAGUUGGUCUUGGUUAUGAAACACUCAAAGCAAUUAAUCCAAGAUUGAUUUAUUGCUCAAUUACAGGCUAUGGAUCUCGUGGCUUGUUAUCUGACAUUGUUAAACCAGGGUAUGACCUUGUUGCAAGUUCUAUUGGUGGCUUAAAUGCAGUCACUGGACCUGAGGAUGGAGAGCCAUGUCGAGUAGGGGUUGCAGUGACUGAUAUUAUGACAGGCAUGUAUGCACAUGGAGCUAUUCUUGCAGCACUUUAUCAAAGAGAGAUAACUAAGUUGGGCACUAAAAUUGAUACCUCACUAUUGCAAACACAGGUCGCUGUAAUGAGUCAUAUUGGUUCAGAUUUUUUAAAUGCUGGUGUUAAAGCUCCUCGUUAUGGAACAGGUCAUCGAGCAAUUGUUCCUUAUCAAGCGUUUGAAGCUGGGGAUGGUCAAAUGUUUGUCAUUGGAGUAGCAAAUGAUAAUUUGUUUCAAAAGUUUUGUUUGGCAAUGGAUUUAUCAUUACUUUUAAAUGAUGAACGCUUCAAGUCAAAUAAAUAUCGCGUGAUACAUAGAAAUGAACUUAUUCCAAUUAUAUCAGAAAAAAUAAAAACAAAACCUGCAGACUACUGGAUUACAGCGUUAGAAAAUGCCGGUGUUCCUUGUGGAUCAAUUAAUGAUAUUGAACAAGUUUUUAAAAUACCUCAGGUAAAAGAGCUAGAUUUGAUACAAGAAUUGUUACACCCAACUGCUGGUUUAAUUAAAAUAUGCGGGCCUGCGGUUGAUUUUAACGGAAAAUCAAUUCUUCAAACACCACUUCAUCCUCCGUUAUUAGGAGAACAUACUAAACAUGUGUUAAGCGAAAUUCUUCAUUAUGAUGAAGGAAAAAUAAACGACUUUCUUGGUAAAAAUGUGAUCUCUACUCUGAACUGAAAGCUUUUUUGAAGCAUUAUAUAUAUAUA